UAUCUAAUUUGGAAAUGAUAAAAAAUAUCAAUAUUUACUACGUGACGAUAAUAAUUCAUAUGGCUUUAGACCCCCUCGUUAGAGCAGUCCCACAUAACCACGAUAUGUGGAAACAAGUGAAAAUAUACAAAGAAACAUAAUAAAUCAAGAAAAUAAAAAUUAAGAGAGACUUGCAGCUUAAUAAAAGUAUUAUAUUUUUCAUAAUAAAAUAUAUUAUAUUUUUGUGAUCUCAAGGUGCAGUGUUAUGAGAGUUGUAUGAAAAUAGUAAACAUCAAACUUAAGACGUUCCUACCCCGAAUGAAUUACCUGUGCUGGUGUAUCCCGUAGAGCAAUAUGGCCUCGGUGGAGGCCCUUUUGGCGCGGGAGGUGGGUCAGCUGGGCCGCUACCAGGUGCGAGUGUUGCUGCUCUGUGGCGCAGCCUCCAUACUCUCCGCCUUCAGCACUAACGAGUUCGUCUUCACCACCGGCAGAAUCGACACCAGAUGCCUCAUUCCGGAAUGUGAGAACCCUGAUGAAGCUGUGUUUGCUCCGUCGUGGAUCCUGAACGCAGUGCCCAGUGAGGGCGACGGAUUCACGAGCUGCGAGCGCUUCAACAGCAGCGCGGCAGCUGCGGCCGGCACCUGCCCUGCUGCUCUCUUCGACAGCACCACCAUCGUCGAAUGCGAACAAUACGUCUACGAGAACACCAACACAGCCGUUUACACCUUGGAGCUAGGCUGCGACGAAUGGCGCCGGUCGCUGUUGGGCUCGGCGCGCACGGCGGGCGCGCUGGUGGCGCUGCCGGUGGCGGGCGCGCUGGCUGACCGCUGGGGCCGCCGCACCGCGCUCGCCCUCGUCGCCUUCAACACCGCUUGGAUCGGCCUACUGCGAUACUUCGCCGCCACAUACAUCGGGUUCAUCAUCUCCGUCUUCUUCGAGUCAGCGCUCGGAGCAGGAGGAAUACUAGCUUGUGGCUACAUUUUAAUCUUGGAAGUCGUUCCAGCUAAGUACCGGGUUAUAGCUGGCACUAUGUCCAACAGCUGCUUCGCUAUGGGUCAAAUAAUUCUCGGACUGCUUGCGUGGGCCGUGCCGAAUUGGAGACACCUUACUCUAGUUUUAUACACGCCACAACUCCUUGCAAUUACUUACUUUUGGAUUAUGCCCGAGUCGAUCAGAUGGUACCUGAGUAAAGGUAAAUACGAAGAGGCAGAAGCUGCGCUUAAAAAUAUUGCCCAGAUUAAUGGAAGAAAAGUAUCUGCAAAGACACUGCAAGAAUUAAGAGAAGCGGCGGAAGAGACGGAGCGGAUAACUGCGAUAAAAUUGAAAGAAAAUGAUAGUGAACCAUGGUUACUCAUGAAGGUAUUCCGCCACAAGGCAAUAUUGUUGAGGUGCUUGGUGGCGCCGGUGUGGUGGAUCACGAUGACGCUGGUCUACUACGGUCUAUCGAUCAACGCGGUGAACAUCUCUGGGAACCAGUAUCACAACUAUAUGGUGGUGGCGGCGGUGGAAAUCCCCGGGUUUUGGAGCGCCAUGCUACUCGUGGAGCGGGUGGGCAGGAAGCCGGUGCUCAUGAUGGCUUACUGGGUCUGUGCCGCCGGACAGAUAGCGUACAUAUUUAUGCCAGCCGAUCAGUACGAAGCGUCCCUGGCGGUGUACCUGGUGAGCAAGUACGGCAUCUCAAUGGUGGUGACGGCUAUGUACCUGUACACAUCGGAGCUGUUCCCCACGCAGCACCGGCAGACCCUGUUCGCGUUCUGUUCCAUGAUGGGCCGCGUCGGCGCCAUUGUUGCGCCGCUGACGCCUGCUCUGGGUAUGUCAGUGUGGGAGCAGCUGCCGUCGGCGCUGUUCGCGGGUAUGGCGCUGGUGGCGGGGCUGCUAACACUGCUGACGCCAGAGACGCGCGGCUGCCGGCUGCCAGACACCAUGGAAGAAGCUGCACGCAUCGGCAAGACUCGACCAAACAGACCCAAUGUUGCUAAGAUUGUAAGUCGGUUAUAAGAAGACAAGGUUGCAGCCUGUCAACAAUUUGCUCAUGCAGCGAACCUAGAGGUGUAUUGAAAUGAAUGAAUAUUCAUGUUGUUCGAUGGACGCUCUUUCAAGAUUUAUGUACUUGCCAGGUACACCUCGAUCACAUACAUUAUUUUUUAUAAUAAUUUAGCAAAAAUAUUAUAGUGACGAUGUUGCAAAUUGUAAACCUAAAAGAACCGAACUCGUUUCAAAUUCAUUUACCACGUCUGUACAGUACUUGACCUGUACCAAUGACGCUGUUGUGUAAUGAAUUAUUUAAUUAUUUUAAACAAAAUAUGUGUGUAGAUACUUAAUUAUACUUAGCAACUAAGUUUCAUAUUGAAUUAGGUAUUUAGAAAGUACGUAAAUAUCGUAAAGUGUUUCAUAUUG